CUGACAGCGGAGCCAGAAAGAUGAGGUCUGAGAAGGAGCUGGUGACGAGCGGAAGGGAAAGGAGGAUUGUCGAAAUACAAUUUAGGGACCUUCCGAGAGAGCAAGACGGUGUCUCUGCCAACCCUAAGCCUAAGGAAGAGAAAAAAGAAAUCUUCACCAAGGUUGUUAUUCGGCGCCUACCACCAAGCCUAUCAAAGGACCAGCUGGAAGAGCAGAUCAGUCCGUUGCCCGCCUAUGACUAUUUUGAAUUUUUCUCAGCUGAUCAAAGUCUGUAUCCACACCUUUUCUCCCGGGCAUACAUUAAUUUUAAAAACCCAGAAGAUAUUGUCCUCUUCAGAGACCGAUUCGAUGGCUAUGUUUUCAUAGACAACAAAGGCCAAGAAUAUCCUGCUGUUGUAGAAUUUGCACCAUUUCAGAAAGUUUCCAAGAAAAAGCUGAAAAAGAAAGAUGCCAAAGCUGGAAGUAUUGAAGAAGACCCAGAGUACAGGAGGUUUCUGGAGAGCUACUGCUGUGAUGAGGAGAAGACGACAGCCAAUCCAGAGACACUGCUGGGAGAGAUCGAGGCAAAGACCAGAGAGCUAAUAGCCAAGAGAACAACACCACUUCUGGAAUACAUAAAAAACAAGAAACUUGAGAAGCAGAGGAUCAGGGAGGAGAAGAGAGAGGAGAGGAGGCGCAGGGAGCAGGAGAAAAAGCGACAGAGGGAGGAGGAGAAGAGGAAGCGGAGGGAGGAAGAGAGGCGCAAACGCAAGGAGGCUGAGAAGCAAAAGAAGCUGGCGGAGAAGGAGAUCAAAAUCAAGCUCCUGAAGAAAUCGGACAGAGAUGAUGAUCCAGACUCUGACAGACUGAAAGACAGAGGUGACAGCGGAGACACUGAGAGGAACAGAUGGGACAAAUCAUCUGGACACAUGAAGGCAAAGCAUCUGGAAAAGGAGGCAAAAGACAAAAGCCAGGCUGAGAGUGACAAGGAACAAAGGGACCACGGCCGCAGGCUGAGGGACAAGGACCCAGACAGGCAUCGGGGUCGCGACGAGGAACGCAAGCGCCAGAGGCACCACUACGAGUUCGACAAGUUCAUGCGCCACAAGGAAGAGACCAAGUGGGGCAAGGGGUACUGCCAGGACAGGGCCAAGAAGGACAGCCACCACCACAACUACUCGUUUUGCCCGGACACAGGGGACAAGCUGGGGAAGGAUGACAGGGAGGACAUGGGCAGCCGGAAGGAACGCAUUCGAAACAAGUCUGUGUUAGCGCAUCAGGACAAAAGGACCUCCCAGUCUGAGGGGCGAGACCAGAUAGGAGGGGCUCUGCCAGUCAAGGACCGUCCUGCCAUGCAGCUGUACCAGCCAGGGGCGCACAGCCGUACCCGCGCGGGGUCGGGGGGCAAGGGGUAUGACUGCUUCGGCAACUCGCCAGAGCGUGGAGGCGAGCCCAGGUACGAGAUGGCCAUGGGGACGGGGUCCGAGAAGAGCGGGGACGAGUAAUCUUGCCAAUCGC